AUGUCGUCAAACAAUACUCAGGUUAUGCGUAAAAUCGAUGAAUUAUCCCGCAACAUACGAAAAAAAUACCAGUUACUUAAACAAGACAAAUUGGAUAGUGAAGCAGUGUUGGGUGAACUAUUUACCCCAAUCACCAAACCAUUAACUGAAUUGACGGCCAAAUUUAAAAAUUCUACAAAACAGACCACACCAGCAACAACACAGCAAAAGUUGUACAGCGACCCACCACAAUUGAAGAAAAUGGACGACGAUGACGACGAUGACGUUUCCAAACAGUUAGAAUCUGAAGAUGAAAUUUUUUACGAUCCGGAACAAUCAACUUUGUCCAAGAACAGUAACAGUGAUGGUUCAUAUGACAGCACAAACGACAUGUCGACUAUCGUCUACACUCCUUUGACUCGUUCAUACUUGGACCUGUAUUUAAAUGACUCUAAAAAUAGGGAGGUCGAUAAAACGUACGGUGUAAAGUACGAUGUAGAAACGGAGCGAUGGUUGAUUGGAAAUUCUGAAAUUAAUUUCGAUACCGAACUGGAUCGUUUUACAAUUGGAGGUCGAACCCGCUUAUGGAACAAUCAAACAAGGGCUCAUCAACUGGCAAUGGAAGUAGAGGAGGAGGAGGAGGAGGAGGAGGAGGAGGAGGAGGAGGAGGAUGUGAAGUACAGCGACAACAACAACAACAACAACAACGACGACGGCAACAACGACGAGUACCCUGUAAUACGUUGA